CAGGGGCUCCGACUUUUUUUCAUGUGUGAACGAGACCGGGCACACAUACGAACACACAUUCAUACAUACAUACAGGGUUAUACACAUGUGAUACACAUACAUACAUGUGUGUAGCUUUCACCAAGACGGAAAUAAAGAACACUGACUGAUUAUGUUCAGUUGUAUACUACUGGAACCGGUGAAUUUGUUCAGGAACGAGGAUGUUCGGCGAUGACAUCCUUGAGCCUCUUUUUCAUUUUUCUUGCCCCGGAUAAGAGCUACUGUAAGGAACCGGACCGCGGUUCGGUGGAUACGUGCUCUGCGCUGUUCGGAACUCCUGUGUGAAGCGGGUAUUCGCAACAUGCUUACGCCCACGUGACGGAGGCUGUGAAACUGUUAUUAAUUAAUUAAUUUAUGGGAAUUUACGGAGGCAGCAUUUUCGAAGUCUGAGCUAAAGAACAUGGAUCUAUGCUUGAAACGCCUGAAGCAGGAACUGCCUAGACACAGCCAAUUGGGGUCCUAGGAGUGUCUCAGUCCCCGAUCAGCAGCCAGCUUCAUAUAAGGCCUGGAGGCAAUGUGGGAGGAAGCUGAGAGGACCGAGGCAGACAGGGGCAGACAAGGGCAGACAGGAGUACACAUGGAGAGAAUCCCUCUGUGAAGCUUUUUUAAGCUCUCCAUGAAGGAAGCAGGUGACGGACUCUAUGCACAGAUGAACUCUAUGAUGGGAGCACUGCAAGAACUUAAGCUUCUGCAGGUCCAAACUGCUUUAGGGCAGCUGGACAUCUCAGGGCUGCACACUAGAGCUCCACUGUCCUCAGCACUGGCACCACAGGUUUUGAGUUCUGCAUGUGAGGAGUGGAAAACUCCCUGUGACAGCAGGACACCUGUCCAAGAGGAGCAGAGGAGAUUCCGCCAUCGAAGCAGCCUGGACACCUCAUCCUGCUCAUCCGGCCUAGAGAGUGGGGCAGUUCCCCUCCCUUUGACAAUUUCAGGGUACAGUGCCCCUCAGGAGGACUACUGUGGUCCCCGUGUCAGUCCCCCUCCACCAGCACCACACCACUAUCCACAACCCCCAACACAGAUGGCAGACCUGCCACGCAUACUUCAUAGUCUGUCGAGUGAAGGUCCAUCCCUGGACAGUACCUAUUCCCAAGAGGGUACUGACGACUCCAGCGACUGGACUUCCUCACUCAUGAGCCGCUGCCGCAACCGGCAACCUCUGGUCCUGGGUGAUAACGUCUUUGCUGACCUUGUGGGCAAUUGGCUGGACCUACCUGAACUGGAUAAGGGGCCACUUGCACCAGGGGAGGAUGAACAGGAGGAGCCAGCCCAUUCUCUUUCACUCAGCCGCUCCCAGGAGAUCUGCAAGAGGUUCUCACUUUCUGCUAACAUCUUCAAAAAAUUCUUACGAAGUGUGCGACCGGACAGGGACAAGCUGCUGCAGGAGAAGCCUGGGUGGAUGCCCCAGGAUGGCCAAGAGGCUGAGCUCUUCAAAAGGCCCAAAAAAGCAGACAAGCCCAAGGGUCCUUUUUAUCUCCCAUUUGGGGCAGGUGGACCUCAAGGCAAGGUUUCAGGCACAACCCAGGCAACACUGAGGGAGGCCAUGCUUGCUCGGGGCCAGAACCAGUUCUUCGGUGCCAUCAGCCAGAUGAAGCACCACGUGGACCUGGCAUGCCCAGGCUCUGGCGGCCACUCUCUUGGGCUGCAUUACGCACGGCACUCUGUCGGAUUGCCCAGCACCAUCUGCUUGCUCUUGAUUAUGUAACAGCUUAGUCUGUCACACCUAUACAACUGCACCAAGAAGCUGAGAAACCUAGUUUUCUAUGUCAACCAUAAUAUGCACAUCACAUAUACGUAUUAUCUGUAAAGUAGGGCCUGUAGACUGAGUAAAUGUGGCAUAAUAAAAUGUCCCUGCCUGCUUA